AUCCUGCCUCUACCUCCCAAGAGUCUGGAUUGCAAGUGUGCACCACCAUGCCCAGCUAUAUUCUUGUUCUUUGAAACUGUUUCCUAUGCUGCUUUCUUUGUGGAACUACUCUAAGGUAGCUUCGUUGUUGGUAUAAAUUUAUUAGUUCAGGCCCAUAUCUCCUAAGUAGCAGAACUAAGCAAAUCUCAAACAUACCCCUGGAAAAGACUGCCACCCACCCUACGGACUUCUAAAAUAGCUCCCGUAAUCCUGAGCAUUUCCAAGGCGGCAGACCUCCUAUAAGGGAGUAAAUACGAAAAAGCGCCUGUUCAAAUGCUAGGUCGGUUGAUAGAAGCAAUUUCCUCAGAAAGCUGAAGGCACCAAAGGUUAUAUUUGUUAGCAUUUCAGUGUUUGCCAAAUUCAGCUACUGUGGAGACCACAGAUUCCCUUUUUCCCAGAGAUUCAAAUUUCAGCGGCCCCUCUCUAGCUUUGGCUCUGUCAUCACAUAUGCCCCAACAACAACCCCCUCCUCAUUCCACCCCUGCCUCGCGUGUGCAAGUACUAUCGAAACUGCCAUCCCAAGGUCUAGGGUCACUGCUUUGGCUGUGUGCAAACUCAAGCGCCCUCCCCUAGAGGCCCUGGCCUCGCUCUGGUGCCCUAGGGUGAAGGACACUGGAGAGAAGCUAAAGCAAGACUUUCUUCACCUAGUCCGCUUCCUUUGGAACAUAUUUGGGAUCUGAGUGUGUGAUAGUACCACAAUAAAGCCUUAAGAACCUAUACAAUAGAAUCCCGGUUGUAAUCAUGAAGCCUGGUUGGGAAAAACUGCGACUGCCACUACCUCACUCACUCACUGUCGAUGUCAACCACAGCAGGCAGCAGCGGCCCGCUCGGGGAGUGGCAAAGCCUUAGGUCCCUCCGCCUACCUAAUCUUCAAUAGGUCAAGGAUGGGCUUCUUUGCUUGCCCAGAGAAAAGGGAGCCCGAGAAGCAUUCUGUAGAGAGAAGCCCUGCAUGACUGCGCCUCCCUUCGUUAUUUCUACACUUCCGCCAACCACUGAACUUGGCUGGGAACACACCUGGUCAGUAGUCCCAAGCACCAGCUGUGGGACCAUCACACAGCUGCGUCCCCGCCCCUUCCGCUACAACGCUUAAUUCUCUUGGGUCCCGCCCCUUCCUCCGUUCCCGGCCUCCUCUUUUUCCGCCGCGGGCUCUCAAUGGCUGGGAUUCUGACGAUUUUCUAAGCACACCCCUGCGCCUUGGUUCCCGCACGUGGGAGGUUCAUCCCGACCUAGAGCACGAUGCCCCGCGCUCCUCGUUGCCCCGCCGUGCGCUCUCUACUGCGCAGCCGAUAUCGGGAGGUGUGGCCGCUGGCGACCUUUGUGCGGCGCCUGGGGCUUGAGGGCAGUCGGCUUGUGCAACCCGGGGACCCGAAGGUCUUCCGCACGUUGGUUGCCCAGUGCCUAGUGUGCGUGCCCUGGGGCUCACAGCCGCCACCUGCUGACCUUUCCUUCCACCAGGUGGGCCUCCAGGUGUCAUCCCUGAAAGAGCUGGUGUCCAGGGUUGUGCAGAAACUUUGCGAGCGCGGUGAGAGGAAUGUGCUGGCUUUUGGCUUUGCACUGCUUAACGGGGCCAGAGGUGGGCCUCCCAUGGCCUUCACGACCAGCGUGCAUAGCUACUUGCCCAACUCGGUUACUGAGUCCCUGUGUGUCAGUGGUGCAUGGAUGCUACUGUUGAGCCGAGUGGGCGACGACCUGCUGGUCUACCUGCUGUCGCACUGUGCGCUCUACCUGCUGGUGCCCCCCAGCUGUGCCUACCAGGUGUGCGGGUCACCCCUGUACCAAAUUUGUGCCACCACGGAUACCUGGUCCUCUGUGCCCGCUGGUUACAGGCCCACUCGACCCGUGGGCGGGAAUUUCACUAACCUUGGGUCCGCACACCAGAUCAAAAACAGUGGUCACCAGGAAGCACCAAAACCCCAGGCCUUGCCAUCACGAGGUACGAAGAGGCUUCUGAGUCUCACCAGUACAAACGUGCCUUCAGCUAAGAAGGCCAGGUUUGAACCUGCCCUGAGAGUGGAUAAGGGACCCCACAGGCAGGUGGUACCAACCCCAUCAGGCAAAACAUGGGCGCCAAGUCCUGCUGCGUCCCCCAAGGUGCCUCCUGCAGCGAAAAACUUGUCUUUGAAAGGAAAGGCAUCUGACCCGAGUCUCUCUGGGUCGGUGUGCUGUAAACACAAGCCCAGCUCCUCGUCCCUGCUGUCAUCACCACCCCAAGAUGCUGAAAAGCUCAGGCCAUUCACUGAGACCAGACAUUUCCUUUACUCCAGGGGAGGUGGCCAAGAGGAGCUAAAUCCCUCAUUCCUACUCAACAGCCUCCCGCCUAGCUUGACCGGGGCCAGGAGACUGGUGGAGAUCAUCUUUCUGGGCUCAAGGCCUAGGACAUCAGGACCAUUCUGCAGGACCCGCCGCCUGCCCCGUCGAUACUGGCAGAUGCGACCCCUAUUCCAGCAGCUGCUCAUGAACCACGCAAAGUGCCAAUAUGUCAGAUUCCUCCGGUCGCACUGCAGAUUUCGAACAGCAAACCAGCGGGUGCCGGAUGCCAUGGACACCAGCCCAUCCCACCUCACGAGUUUGCUCCGGUUACACAGCAGCCCCUGGCAGGUAUACGGCUUUCUUCGGGCCUGCCUCCGCGAGCUGGUGCCUGCCGGUCUCUGGGGCACCAGGCACAAUGAGCGCCGCUUCUUAAAGAACGUGAAGAAGUUCAUCUCGUUGGGGAAGUACGCCAAGCUAUCCCUGCAGGAACUGAUGUGGAGGGUGAAAGUGGAGGACUGCCACUGGCUCCGCAGCAGCCCAGAGAAGGACACUGUCCCUGCCGCAGAGCACCGUCUGAGGGAGAGGAUCCUUGCCAUGUUCCUGUUCUGGCUAAUGGACACAUAUGUGGUACAGCUGCUGAGGUCAUUCUUCUACAUCACAGAGACCACGUUCCAGAAGAACCGCCUUUUCUUCUACCGUAAGAGUGUGUGGAGCAAGCUGCAGAGCAUUGGAAUCAGGCAACAGCUUGAGAGAGUUCAGCUACGGGAACUGUCACAAGAGGAGGUCAAGCAUCACCAGGACACUUGGCUGGCCAUGCCUAUCUGCAGAUUGCGCUUCAUCCCCAAGCUCAAUGGUCUCCGGCCCAUUGUGAACAUGAGUUAUGGCAUGGACACCAGAGCUUUUGGCAAAAAGAAGCAGACCCAGUGUUUCACUCAGAGUCUCAAGACUUUGUUCAGCGUGCUCAACUACGAGCGGACCAAACAUCCUAACCUUAUGGGUGCUUCAGUACUGGGUACGAGUGACAGCUACAGGAUCUGGCGGACCUUCGUGCUGCGUGUGCGUGCUCUGGACCAGACACCCAGGAUGUACUUUGUUAAGGCAGAUGUGACAGGGGCCUAUGAUGCCAUCCCCCAGGACAAGCUCGUGGAAAUUGUCGCCAAUAUAAUCAGGCGCUCAGAGAGCAUGUACUGUAUCCGCCAGUAUGCAGUGGUUCAGAAAGAUAGCCAAGGCCAAGUCCACAAGUCCUUCAGGAGACAGGUCUCCACCCUCUCUGACCUCCAGCCAUACAUGGGCCAGUUCACCAAGCAUCUGCAGGACUCAGAUGCCAGUGCACUGAGGAACUCUGUUGUCAUCGAGCAGAGCAUCUCCAUGAAUGAGACUGGCAGUAGCCUGCUCCACUUCUUCCUGCGCUUUGUCCGUCACAGUGUCGUGAAGAUCGAUGGCAGGUUCUAUGUGCAAUGCCAGGGCAUCCCCCAGGGCUCCAGCCUGUCCACCCUGCUCUGCAGUCUGUGUUUCGGAGACAUGGAGAACAAGCUGUUUGCCGAGGUGCAGCAGGACGGCUUGCUUUUACGUUUUGUCGAUGACUUUCUGUUGGUGACACCUCACCUGGCCCAUGCAAAAGCCUUUCUCAGCACCCUGGUCCAUGGCGUGCCCGAGUAUGGCUGCAUGAUAAACUUGCAGAAGACAGUGGUGAACUUCCCUGUGGAGACCGGCGCCCUGGGAGGUGCAGCCCCGCACCAGCUGCCUGCUCACUGCCUGUUUCCCUGGUGUGGCUUACUGCUGGACACUCGGACUUUGGAAGUAUUCUGUGACUACUCAGGUUACGGACGGACCUCAAUUAAGAUGAGCCUCACCUUCCAGGGUGUCUCCAGGGCCGGGAAGACCAUGCGGUACAAGCUCUUGUCAGUCUUGCGGUUGAAGUGUCAUGGUCUGUUUCUAGACUUGCAGGUGAACAGCCUGCAGACAGUCUGCAUCAAUAUAUACAAGAUCUUCCUGCUUCAGGCCUACAGGUUCCAUGCAUGUGUGAUUCGGCUUCCCUUUGGCCAGCAUGUUAGGAAGAACCAUGCAUUCUUUCUGGGCAUCAUCUCCAACCUAGCAUCCUGCUGCUACGCCAUCCUGAAGGUCAAGAAUCCAGGAGUGUCACUAAGGGCCAAGGGUGCCCCUGGCUCCUUUCCGCCCGAGGCCACACGUUGGCUCUGCUACCAAGCCUUCCUGCUCAAGCUGGCUGCUCAUUCUGUCACCUACAAGUGUCUCCUGGGACCUCUUAGGACAGCCCAAAAACAGCUGUGCCGGAAGCUCCCAGAGGCAACAAUGACCCUCCUUAAGACUGCAGCUGACCCAGCCCUAAGCACAGAUUUUCAGACCAUUUUGGACUAACCCUGUCCCCUUCGGCUGGAUGAACAUGGGCCUUGUAGCCUCAGUGGUGGAUCUAUGUCACAAGAGGGACUGGCCUAUUGUGAAGCUAGGUCGUCCUCCAAAACCUCUGUGCCAUGGGUAGUAGUAUGGGAGCUUGUCCCAGUGCCUUGUUCCCUGUAAUAGGCUUGAUUUCUUUCCUGAUGCCCUGGAGGAAGCAGAUCCCACCCCUUUUAGUGGCAGGGAUCCACUAGCACUAAGAGCAGUGCACAUAGUGCACAUUGGCGCUGGGACAGUGGACAGGUGUGAUUCCUGGGCCCUGGAGUCUUCACAGCUAACCAUGGAGCCUUUCACAGUACAUCCAAGCGUCUCAGAGAUGAAACAGGACAGCAACCUAUUGCAGCCUGAACAUACUCUGAACUCAGGCGACUGCCUUAGCUACUUUUAUACUGCUGCAAUAAAACAGCAAGCCAACUUACAAAAGCAGGAUCUUUCUACUGGAGCAGUAUCUCUGAGAGUUUACGUCUUGAUCCGUAAGCACGAGGCAGAGAGAGAGAGAGAGAGAGAGAGCUAUCUGGGAAUGGUGGGAGUCUCCUUUUUGUUUCUUUUUAAACCUUAAUUUUUCAGUGGCAGUCUGACAGACAGUUAGGAAAGGUGGAGGUUGAAAUCCAACAGGUCACAGUGAAAUCCAAAGGGAUCACACUAGGGAUAUUCCGUGACUUCUCGGAAGCUAAGUUUCCUCGGCAGCAUUUGACAGUAACCAUGGUGGGUGUCUACCAAGAUCACUGUGAGGAUAAAAUAGGGUAAAGUGUAUUUGUACUGAAGUGGAAAGUCACAUGCAAAUAAAGAGUAAAUUGUG